AAUAAAUCACUUUGUAAUGUAAGCUAACACCAAAGUCCCUGUGGAUAUCCAUAAGACUCUUGAGGACAACUUCAAAGCCAUCAAAGAGGUGGGAGUGAACGAAAUUUGCAAUUUCAUGUUAUCCAGGUUACGUGAUUAGGUAACUUAAAUUUAAAUAAAUAUCCAAGGACUUGCCAUAACACAUUAGACUACAGUAUUUGUAUAAUGUCCAUCAGAUCAAUUAGAAGAUGAGUUUGACUGAAUUGUGCAACAAUCAAUUGGAAUUGAACAUCGUAAACAAUAUCAAAUAUGUAUUCUCAAUGCAGUAUGAUAGAGUAUGGGUAAGAUUUAGAUUAAUUGCUGAAUUAAAUGGAUGCAUCCCUAAUUGCCUCAUGUGAAUAUCUGAGACCCGUCCCCUAAAUAUUAACACCACAAUGGGAAGACAUUUCACCUCAAAUUACAUUCCAACCAAUUUGGGAUUAUAAUGUUAAUCCAUUCCUCUUUCGAUUUUUCCUAACGCAAGCCCAAUCCACCAAACUCCACCCAUAGGAUCAAUAGAUGAUCUUGAAACUAUUCAAACCAGAAUACAAAAUAGAUGAGGAACAAUUCAACAAUCUUGUUGAACACAAUCCCUAAUUUGUUAGUGAUAUCAUUACUAAACUGCACUAAUCUGGAAUGAAUGUUCAUGAGUAAAUCUAACCAUUUAUUAGUCUCUAGAUAUUUAAAUUAUCUCAUUCAUAUCAAGGCCACCAUCUAGACUUUAGAGUUAGUGAAUCAACUCACCAAGAAUAUCACUCUUCCUGACUAAUUUCUUAAUAUGUUCAUCACCAGUUGCAUUGAAACUUGUGAAGAAGUCAAAUAAGUAAGAUAUUAUUUCAAAUAUCCAAUUAGAAUCAAUAACAAUUAACUAGACAAGUCAGAUUGGUAUCAGUCUUCAUCAAGACUCUGAUCAAAUAAAAGACCUUCAAUCCAAAGAAGAUUUAUGUUGAACUAUAGGGAUUCUGUUUAGAAUUUUCUUCUAUUUAAGAAGCAACACAGUUAUUUAAAGCCAUCAAAAAUGCAGUCCAGGAACAAUGA